UAUCAUCAGUUUCAACUCUAUUGGAACUUGCUGACGAUCGGGUUGAAAUUUUUGAAGAUCUUGUUUCAACUCUAUUGGAACUUGCUGAUGAUCGGGUUGAAAUUUUUGAAGAUCUUGUUCUCAUUGCGCAAGAGGUAGUGAUAGGUGAUUCGGAUACUAAAGGAGUUAUGGUAGAAAAUUCAGAUGUAUCAGAAUCAUCAACAUCUGUCAUAUUGGAACUUGUUGCUGAUAACCAAGUUGGAAUUCUUGAAGGUGUUGAUAAUUUAAUUGUACGAGAGGUAACAGCAGAUAAUUCAGAUGCAUCAUUACAAUUUCUAGCUUCAGAACUAUCAACCUCAAUUGCUUUAGAACUUGUUGCCGAUAACUGGGCUGGAACUUUUGAAAACCUUGAAACUCUCAUUGUGCGAGACGUAGCGGUAGAUGAUUCAGAUGCAUUGUCAUCACUGUCAAGUUCGAAAUUUCUAGCUUUAAUUGAAUUGAAACUUGUGCAGACGAUCGGACUGGAAUUCUUGAAGGAAAAAGACUUUAAAGAUAUAUCUACUAUUACUCCACUAAAAAAUACGCAAAACCUAAAUAUAUACAAUAAUAUUGUGCAAUCUUAUAACCCAGAAAUACAAAAUAUCAAUUUUAAUUCUUCAUCUUCCGCUUCAAUAAACCUCUCAACAUCAGUUUUAAAUUUGUCUGAAAAUUACUUGGAGUUGGGUAAUUUUGAAAAGAAUAGAUUGGGAUUGGAUGAUUUUGAAGAUAUGAAAAAUCAUGAGUCGUCAUUUUUUCAACAAUCUGAACUAGAUGAAGAAUUUGAUAAUAAUAUCA